AUGGUAAGCAUUUUGAAUGCUUACUAUGAUCUGAGCCAGAAGUACUCUGCAAUUGACUACUUCUUUGUCAAUGCUGCGCAAGGUGUCUAUGAUGGCAUUGACUGGGUUGGCGCUACAAAGCAAGUUAUGAGUAAUGUUAUCGAGUCAGUGACGAAUCCAACGUAUAGAAUUCAGAGAGUCGGGGUCAAGUCAGCAGACGAUCUGGGACUUGUUUUCCAAGCAAAUGUGUUUGGACCUUAUUAUUUGAUUCACAAGAUCUUACCGCUCUUAUCUGCCGGUAAGGCCAAGGUGAUUUGGGUAUCCAGUUUGAUGUCUGAUCCAAAGUUUCACUCUUUGCAAGAUAUUCAGAUGUUGAAGUCCGAUACGACUUAUGAGGGCUCUAAGAGACUGGUGGAUCUGCUUCACUUGGGAACGCUUGAAGAAAUGAAAGAUCAGGGUAUUCAGCAAUACCUCGUUCAGCCUGGUAUCUUUAUCAGUCACUCAUUUUCUGUUUACCUGAAUUUUUUCACUUAUUAUGGUAUGCUUCUGCUAUUUUACAUUGCUAGAUGGAUCGGCUCGCCAUGGCACAACAUUGAUGGCUACAAGGCUGCCAAUGCUCCAGUCUAUGUUGCGACCUUGGCAAAUGCUAAAUCUGAACAGCUAAGACUAAAGUACGGAUCAGCGACUGAUAAAAAUGGCAAGGAAUAUAUCAAGACACAAGAAGUAGACGGCACAGGCGCCAGCGAUGUUCGCGACUACUUCGAUAAAUUGGCCUCAGAAUGGGAUGAAAAGCUUAAAGAUCAAAUUACUAACACAAGAGUUCCUAUUUGA